UCAAUACUACCUUUGUCUCUCAUCAUUCAAAAAAAAAAAAAAAAUUUCCGUUUUCCUUUAUUGUAUUUUCUUAACCCAUAUAUAUAAUAUAUUUUUUUGUUUAAUAAUCGAGUACUGGGUCGUCAUGAAAAUUGAUUUUCUCUAUCAAUUUUGGAAACCCAACUUAAUAUUAUUUAUUUUUCUUGAUUCAAUUUUGGUAUAAAUGGAUAUAAUUGGGGUAGAAAAUUAUGGGAAGAGAUAGUCUUUCUUCAGCUUUUUGACGGCUUGAAUUGCGGAGAAAGCGUUUCGUUAUUAAUAGAAAGUGAAAAGCUGUAUUUAUCAAUAUAUAAAGGGUAAAGAAAACCCAUAUUUGACUCUUUGUUUGGUUGAAAACUUAUGGGUCUUUGGCCCUUUGGGUCUUUUCUACAUCAUCUGCUUUCUUUCUCCUAUCUUUCUUCUUUCUUUUUCAAUCUUCUUAUUCUUUUCUGAGUUGUCAUAUGUGGGUGAUUGAAGAUAUAUAGAGCAUAUGCUAGUAUAAAUGGAAGAGUAUUCUGGUAAAAGAGCUGUUGAUGGUCUUGUUGUCCCCAGGAAGCGAUCUGGUCUUGUUUUGAGAGAUGCAGCAGAAAGCAAGGAUACAAAUGCUCAAUUUUGCAAUCGACGUGGAUGCAAAGGCAGACUUAAGCAUACCAAAAGUGAACAAAGUGGAUUAUCUGAAAAGUCCAAAUCAACAAGGCCGCCUUUCCAAGCUUCAAGUGGCAAGGAGAUAAUUGGAAGUUCCUCUGGGACUUGUUCUGUGGUACCCAACACAAGAAAAUCUUUUCAGGUAUCCCAGAAAAAGCUAUCUUCUCAAUUGGAAACAGAUUCAUCUGAAACUAGUAGUGUUCGGGAUGGGCCAGUUGGGUCAGAUGUUGUCUCCUCACCUGGAAGGGCUCAGAUUGGUACCGAGUCUGGCAAAGUUAGAUCAAUUGAAGUAGGGAGCUCUAGUAUAGCAUCAAAUAGUAGACCUCCGAAGGUAUUUCGGCCGAAAUCUGCGAUAGAUUCCCGAGAUAGUCCAUUGGGUCCUGCUGUUCCAUUGGCAUCUAAAAGCCCCUGCCCAGGGCCAAGAAACAGUGCUAGUGCGAGCAAGUAUGGUUUGAGAAAUAAUCGAUGCAACUCAACAUCCGAUGCUGUCACCUCAGGUUGUUCGUUAUCUGAAUCAAACCUUACUAGAAGAAAGGAUAUGAUGAAAAAGAGAAAUCCUGAAAUAGAAAGCAGUUUCUCUGUUCGAGGUAAGAAGACGAUUGGACCAUUGUCUGAAGACAAUCAUAGUUCGACUUCUACCUAUGGCAUCUCUAUUUCUGAUUCAAGACGAGCCAGAAAUUCAUCUCAAAGUGUGGGAUCGGUUUGGACUCAGAGGUCAGUUAAUGGGAACAAUAGGGCUAGUGUUUCUUCUAACCGAAAAAAUGGAAACAGAUUGUCACCAACGGAGCUCCAUGUUGUCGCCCCACGCCCACAAGUGCCUCAACGAGAAUUACCCGUUGCUGUGGAUGUUCAGAGUUCAUCACAUCAGUUUUCAUCUGAAGCUUCUUCAAGUCGUUCCACUUCUUUUAGCCAUGAUGAUGGCUUGCCGCGAUAUAACAUGGAUGGGAUUACUGAGGUAUUAUCCACGCUCGAGAGGAUGGAACAAGAUGAGGAGAUAACAUAUGCGGAAUUACUUGCUCUUGAGACAAAUUUAUUACUCGGUGGCUUUGGCUUCUAUGAUCAGCAUAGAGACAUGAGACUGGACAUUGAUAACAUGUCAUAUGAGGAAUUGUUGGCCCUAGAAGAGAAGAUGGGUAACGUGAGCACAGCACUGUCAGAAGAAGCACUAUUAAAAUGUCUUAAGAGAAGCAUCUAUCAGACUACUACUCCCGAAGAAGGAACCAUGGGAUGCAGUGAGGAUGGAGAUGAAGAUGAUACCAAAUGCAGUAUUUGUCAGGAAGAGUACGCCAUUGGAGAUGAAGUUGGAAGAUUGGGAUGCGAGCAUGGGUUUCAUAUGUCGUGCAUAAACCAGUGGCUGCGGCUGAAGAAUUGGUGCCCUAUCUGCAAGACAUCGGCAGGGCCUGCACCGUCAUCCUCACCCUCGUAAUAGUUGAUAUACCAAAAAAAUAAAUAAAUAAAUAAAAAAGAAAUAGGGUUCUGACAUUUGGUCUUCUGCACAAAUCAUGUGCGUCAAUUUAUUUUAGAUUUUCUUAUUUUCUUUGGAUUAUAUAUAUGUACAUAGAAAUCCUUUUCAUUUGAUUUAUAAACAAUAAGCCCAGGCCUUCUUUGGCUUUGUGGUAGUGGGAAACUCCCAAAUUCACUUCCAUUUAACAUUCAAUGGAAAGACACAAAUUACUAAAAGAUUUCUUGCUUA